CGGGGCCUGAGGGGCGGGGCGAGAGAGCGAGUCCUACUGGGCAGUCCAGCUGCCCCGAGUAGCCGCUGCGGUGGAACCCUCCAGCCCUCCAAGCCUCGCCAGCGCUUCUCGCCGACCCUUCGGGCUCCCGCAGCCCGGGAAGGAGGCCACUCCCGACCGGGCGCCAGCGCUGCAAGGCGGACCUGCAACCCGGAAAGGCGGCGCGGCGGAGCCUGGAGCCGGAUCCUGCUCGGACCUGGCCCCCGCGGGCCGGCACCGCUGGCAUGUCGGAGGCGCGGAAGGGGCCGGACGAGACCGAUGAGAGCCAGUAUGACUCGGGCAUCGAGUCUCUGCGCUCUCUGCGCUCCCUGCCCGAGCCCACCCCGGCCCCAGCCUCUGGGCCCUCGGAUGGCGGCGGCCCCCAGCCCUGGACUCAUCCUCCGGGAACAGCCAAGGAGCCACAGGAGAAGGAAGACACAGAUGGGGAGCGUGCUGACUCCACCUAUGGUUCCUCGUCGCUCACCGAGCCCCUGCCCUUGUUGGGGGACACGGAGACCGAGAACCCAGCUCCACGCUCGCCGCUCCCCGCCGCGGGGGCGCUGAGCCCUCAGCAGCUGGAAGCACUCACUUACAUCUCCGAAGAUGGAGACACGCUGGUCCACCUGGCGGUGAUUCACGAGGCCCCAGCUGUGCUGCUCUGUUGCCUGGCUUUGCUGCCCCAGGAGGUCCUGGACAUUCAGAACAACCUUUACCAGACCGCACUCCAUCUGGCUGUACAUCUGGACCAGCCUGGAGCAGUUCGGGCCCUGGUGCUGAAGGGGGCCAGUCGGGUGCUACAGGAUGGACAUGGUGACACGGCCCUGCAUGUGGCCUGUCAGCGCCAGCACCUGGCUUGUGCUCGCUGCCUGCUGGAGGGGCGGCCAGAGCCAGGCCGAGGACCACCCCGCUCCCUGGACCUCCAGCUACAAAACUGGCAAGGUCUGGCGUGUCUCCACAUCGCCACCCUGCAGAGGAACCGGCCGCUCAUGGAACUCCUGCUCCAGAACGGAGCCGACAUUGACACGCAGGAGGGCACGAGUGGGAAGACGGCGCUGCAUCUGGCUGUGGAGACCCAGGAGCGGGGUCUGGUGCAGUUCCUGCUGCAGGCAGGUGCCCGGGUGGACGCGCGCAUGCUCAACGGCUGCACACCCCUGCACCUCGCAGCCGGUCGGGGCCUCAGCAGCAUCUCGUCUACUCUGUGCGAGGCAGGCGCCGACUCCCUGCUGCGGAACGUGGAGGACGAGACCCCCCAGGACCUGGCUGAGGAUCCCUUUGCUCUUUUGCCUUUUGAUGACCUGAAGAUCUCUGGGAAGCCACUGCUGUGUGCCGACUGAAGCCAGGGCAGAGUCUGGGGCCCUGGAGACUCCAUCUCUUUCCAUCUGGAAGCUGGAGCCGUAGCUGCUGCAGUUUGGGCCCAGACAAUGUGCCCUCCUGGUGUCCUGGGGACUGCUGAGGCCACAGCCUGGGGCCAGCACAGUCCUGAGCUGAGAGGAGGGAUCGCAAGUGAGAGAAGGCCAGUCUGGAAGGAAGACCUUCCUAGGUGGACGGAGAUUCUUGAAGACUCCCAAAGCCCGAGGCAUCCUGGGCGAAGCCUGUUUGCUUCUAGAAGAUGGCAGGGGCUCUCGUUUCUACCCACGUUGGGUCAGCCUUUAAGCUGCCAAGCAGUAGGAAAACAUGGACUCUCCCGAGGGAGGAGAGAAACUGAAAUCAGCAAGCAGGGCCCUGAGGGGUUCCAACCCACUGCUGUUGAGGACUCUUAAACACUGUUGUUUAAAGACUUCACACAGGAGGCUCUGAACUGAGCCUUUGGAGAAGGGGACGUUUCAAUAACAUGACACUAAAACAGCAGAGACCUUUAAAAAGUUCCCCCCCCCCAGAGUUAUUUUGCGCACGCGCAUGUCUGUGUGCGUUGGGGAUUUUUAGAUAGGCCUGCCUCGUGACUUUAUGGUAGAGACAGAAAGAAAUUUGCCACCAAAGCAGGGUAGGACCUUGCUAGGUGUGGGGGGUUAUGGGGAGAGCUAACAGUCCUCAGGCCUGUCUGUCCAUCACAAACCCUUGCCCUUCCUGCGGACACGGAUAAAUGAGAAGCCCCCCCCCCACCCCGAGGGUGGUGCUCGUCACUGCCCUGGAGGCGCCCGGAGAGAAGGGCUAGCCUUGGAGGCUAACACGAGGGAGCUAUGGCUUUGUCUGUUUUUCCUUUCAUUCCACACGUUUGAAGUCCCUGUUAGGUGAAUAUGGUCGUCUGGGUGUGGGGGAAUAAACCAACACAAUCUCUGGCCA